AAUCUCGUCAAAGCACAAAAAGUGCGGGUCUCAUCAGCGGCGCUGCCUAGUUAUCUGCUUGCGCUGCUAACGUACGGAUCGGGACGCCCGGCUGCUCCCUUGGUGCUGGAACUGCUGCAUCGCGAGGUCGUGCAAUCGGAGGAGUGACCGGUCAGAGGGAGAGAGAGCGAUCUUCUUCACCCUGGACUUUGCGCCACCAGCCCAGACAGAGCUGCUGUUUACUUCCGCCCACACGCAUCUGCCAAUCCCGUCAUGCUCAAGUGCGCUCGUCUCAGCCUGCCGGUCCUGCUGGCCGCCGUGCUAACUGUUUGCUCUGCGGCGGACGAACCGGAAGACUACUUCGAGUUUACCUGCCCGAAACCGGACGGCCAGUUUGAGGACCCGUACCAGUGCGACAAGUACUACGAGUGCAACGAUGGGCGCGUGAAGGAGCAGCUCUGCCCGGACGGGCUCGUCUUCAACCCGGCCAGCAAGCUGGUCAACAAGUGCGACCAGGUGUUCAACGUGGACUGCGGCGACCGGAAGGAGCUGCAGCCGCCGAGACCGAUCGGCGUGUGCCCGCGCCAGAACGGCUUCUUCCCGCAUCCGGACUCGUCGAUCUGCAACAUCUUCUACAACUGCAUCAAUGGCCGCGAGCUCGAGAUGACAUGUGUGGCCGGGCUGCACUUUUACGAACCGACAGGGACGUGCGUGUGGCCGGACAUGGCCAACCGGCAGGGAUGUGGCAGUAACGCCAACAAGAAACUCAACGACGGCUUCCAGUGUCCUAAGAAUGCGCAAAAGAUGGACAAGAACGGGCAGAUCAUCACGCACCCGAACUAUCCGCAUCCGGAUGACUGUCAGCGGUUCUACAUCUGCCUGAACGGCAUCGAGCCGCGCCAGGGCACGUGCGAUCAGGGCAUGGUGUACAACGAGGAUCUGCAGCGCUGCGACGAUCCGGAGAACGUGCCUGGGUGUGAGGAUUGGUACAACAGCUCCGAGACGGAUCGGGAUGCGUGAUCGCAUCGAAGCUUGAGGAGAAGAGAUCUAAGCGUUAGAGCCUAGCACUUAAAACCCGUACAAUAAACUGACGCCGUGUUUUUUGUUUUAACUCUA